CCUAAAACUAUCGUACUAUUUGGGGACACGGGAGCAGGCAAAAGCUCACUCGUCAACCUCAUGGCGGACAAAGAGGUAGCGUGCACAUCUUCCGACAUGCGACGCUGUACUAUGCAGUGGAAAGACUAUGCCAUCGAUUUCGGUGGCGACUCGUAUACGGUUUUCGAUACCAUUGGACUACAUGAACCGCAGCUGGGAAUCAAAGAGUACCUGAAGUCUGUCGAGAAUGUCUAUCGACUUAUCAAGGAAUUGGAUGGAAGAGGCGGCAUCGAUCUGCUUCUAUUUUGCGUUCGCGCUGGCAGAGUUACUGCUACGCUUCAGAGCAACUACCGGCUCUUUCACCACGAAUUCCUCUGCGAGAAGAAAGUCCCGAUUGUUCUUGCGAUCACGAACCUCGAAAGAGAGCAGAGGAUGGAGACCUGGUGGGAGAGAAACCAAAGCACCUUCGACAAAUACCAGAUUCAGGUCGCCGGUCAUGCGUGUGUCACCGCC